AUGAAACUGAGUUUAAAUGGCUGUGAUGCAGACGCUCUCUACUACGUUCUGCUCGAUGUUGUACCUGUGGACAAUAAACGAUACCGUUAUAUCUAUAACAAAUCGUCAUGGCUGACGGCCGGCAAAGCUGAACCGGCACCUCGCAAUCGUCUCUAUAUGCAUCCUGAUUCACCAUUCACUGGAGAACAGUUACUGAAACAAGUGAUAUCUUUCGAAAAAGCUAAGCUCACGAACAAUGAGGUCGACAAAACUGGCCAUUUGAUUUUGAACUCAAUGCACAAAUACCAGCCUCGGAUUCACAUUGUGAGAAGGCCACGAGAGUAUCCCAUCGAGCAGACUCACUCAAUUGAUUUGCACAAUGAACACUACAAAACAUUUCAAUUCACCGAAACACAAUUCAUGGCCGUCACAGCCUAUCAGAAUCAGUUGAUAACAAAACUGAAAAUUGAAAAAAAUCCAUUCGCAAAAGGAUUCCGAGAUCCAAGCGGUCGAUCGCCCGAGUAUGAUAUCGAUCCAAGGCCUGACAAUGGUUCACUGUUGCUACCAUCACUGUAUUCGCCAGCAAUACUGCAACAAGCGUUGUUCAAUCAAUGUAGGUUUCCCUGA